UGGGCUUGCAGCCCGGAGACGUCACCGCGCAUCCGGGUCUCGGGUCUCAGCUCUCUUCUCGGUCUCCGUCUCUUCGCGUCCCCCAUGGCCGCCCCGCUCAAGGACGGGAAGCUGCCCACGACGGAGCGGGCGGUGAAGGCGGUGCCGUUCCCCCCUUCGCGCUGCCUCUCCGCGCGUGAGCUCUUUGAUGAGGCGACCUCGGCUCCGCGCCUGGAGGUGCUGCGCUCGCACCUCCUGCGCGAGGGCCGCGUCGAGGAGGAGGCGGCCAUCCUCAUCCUCAAGCGCGGGGCAGAGGUGCUCCGCGCGGAGCCCACGGUGCUUGACAUCGCCGCCCCGCUCACUGUGUGUGGAGAUGUCCAUGGGCAGUUCUAUGACUUAAUGAAGUUGUUUGAGGUGGGAGGCUCCCCGGCUCAGACGCGAUACCUGUUCCUGGGAGACUACGUGGACCGUGGAUACUUUAGCAUCGAGUGCGUGCUGUAUCUCUGGGCGCUGAAGAUUCUCUACCCUGGAAGCCUCUUUCUGCUCCGCGGGAACCACGAGUGUCGCCACCUCACAGAGUACUUCACCUUCAAGCAGGAGUGCCGUAUCAAGUAUUCUGACCGCGUGUAUGAUGCCUGCAUGGAGGCGUUUGACUGCCUCCCGCUGGCGGCGGUGAUGAAUCAGCAGUUCCUCUGCGUCCACGGGGGGCUAUCCCCGGAGCUCCACACCCUCGACCAGAUCCGCAGGCUGGACAGGUUCCGAGAGCCUCCGGCCUACGGCCCGGUCUGCGACCUCCUGUGGUCGGAUCCCCUCGAGGACUUUGGGAGCGAGAAAACCCAGGAGCAUUUCACCUAUAACAGCGUGCGUGGGUGCUCCUACUUCUACAGCUACCCGGCCGUGUGUGAGUUCCUGCAGAACAACGGACUCCUGUGCGUGAUCCGUGCCCAUGAAGCGCAAGAUGCAGGGUACCGGAUGUACCGUAAGAGUCAAACAACCGGAUUUCCAUCUCUCAUCACCAUCUUCUCCGCUCCCAACUACCUCGAUGUCUACAACAACAAGGCGGCCAUCCUCAAGUAUGAGAACAACGUGAUGAAUAUUCGCCAGUUCAAUUGCUCGCCGCAUCCGUAUUGGCUGCCCAACUUCAUGGACGUUUUCACGUGGUCCCUGCCAUUCGUGGGAGAGAAGGUUACGGAGAUGUUGGUGAACGUGUUGAAUAUCUGCUCGGACCAUGAACUGGAGGCAGACGGAGAUGAGAUUGACGAUCCGGGUGUUUAUGGCCAAAAGAGAGGGGCCUCUGCGGCUGCAAGGAAGGAAGUCAUUCGCAACAAAAUCCGCGCCAUCGGCAAGAUGGCGAAAAUCUUCUCUGUGCUGAGGUGAGAGGGAGA